GCCUUGGAGUCGGUGGCCACGGCCGGGCCUGGUGCCUGAAGAGGUGUCGGACGGGCACCCCCUGCCACAGGGCUGCGGAGGAGGCUGGGGCGGGCCAGGGGAGAGGCACCUGCGCUCCGUGUGGCGCGCACGCUGCGAACGCGAGGGGGCGCUGCAGGACCGGGAUGGCGGCUGCAGAGGCUGUGCACCACAUACACCUGCAGAACUUCUCACGCUCUCUGCUGGAGACCCUCAAUGGGCAGAGGCUGGGUGGGCACUUCUGCGAUGUGACUGUGCGCAUUCGUGAAGCUUCGCUCCGUGCCCACCGCUGCGUACUGGCAGCGGGCUCGCCCUUCUUCCAAGACAAGCUGCUGCUGGGCCACUCAGAGAUCCGUGUGCCUCCGGUGGUGCCCGCGCAGACGGUGCGACAGCUAGUCGAGUUCUUGUACAGCGGUUCGCUUGUUGUGGCACAGGGUGAAGCUCUGCAGGUGCUAACGGCUGCGUCGGUGCUUCGCAUACAGACGGUGAUCGACGAAUGCACGCAAAUUAUCGCACGCGCUCGAGCCCCGGGCACCUCUGCACCCGCGCCCCUGCCCACUCCUGUGCCCCCGCCACUCGCACCUGCGCAGCUUCGUCACCGCCUGCGCCACCUGCUGGCUGCGCGUCCCCCGGGGCAUCCUGGUGUCGCGCACAGCCGUAAGCAGCGCCAGCCAGCGCGUUUGCAGCUGCCUGCUCCCCCGACACCUGCCAAGGCCGAAGGGCCUGAUGCUGACACCUCACUGUCUGCGGCCCCUGACGACCGAGGUGAUGACGAUGACGAGGAAACUGACGAUGAGACCGAUGGCGAGGACGGCGAAGGUGGCGGCCCGGGUGAGGGCCAGGCACCUCCUUCCUUCCCAGACUGUGCUGCCAGCUUCCUCACUGCUGCUGCUGACAGCGCGUGUGAGGAGCCCCCUGCACCCACUGGCCUAGCUGACUACAGUGGUGCUGGGAGGGAUUUUCUUCGGGGAGCUGGGGCAGCUGAAGAUGUAUUUCCAGACAGCUAUGUAUCCACUUGGCAUGAAGAGGAUGGCGCUGUCCCUGAAGGCUGUCCAACCGAGACCCCUGUCCAGCCCGACUGCAUACUGGCUGGACCCCGCCCACCUGGUGUGAAGACCCCAGGGCCACCCGUCGCACUCUUUCCCUUUCACUUGGGUGCUCCUGGGCCACCUGCACCACCCCCUUCAGCACCAUCGGGGCCAGCCCCUGCGCCCCCACCCACCUUCUACUCCACACUCCAGCCGGAGGCAGCACCCAGCACUCAGCUGGGGGAGGCCCCAGCUCCCUCUGCUGCUCCCACCACAGCCCCCUCAGGCACCCCUGUUCGCACCCCAGGUGCCGAGCCACCUGCCUAUGAGUGCAGCCACUGUCGAAAGACGUUCAGCUCCCGGAAAAACUACACCAAGCACAUGUUCAUCCACUCGGGGGAGAAGCCGCACCAGUGCGCCGUGUGCUGGCGAUCGUUCUCGCUGCGUGAUUACCUGCUCAAGCACAUGGUCACGCACACCGGCGUGCGCGCCUUCCAGUGCGCCGUCUGCGCCAAACGUUUCACGCAGAAGAGCUCGCUCAACGUGCACAUGCGCACUCACCGGCCAGAGCGCGCACCCUGCCCUGCCUGCGGCAAGGUCUUCUCGCACCGCGCACUGCUGGAGCGCCACCUGGCCGCACACCCUGCGCCUUGAUGGGGCUGGGCCUGGCCUCGCCCACGGUGGAUCCGCGGCCUCUGGCACAAUCGCCCACGCCCGCUGCGGGACGCGUGGUUCCCGCCACUAGGCCACGCUCCCUUCUGAACCCAGAUCGUCUCUCUCCCUUCACCCCUUUCUCCAUACCAGGGCCCAAGUGGUGCCGGGCUGGAACUGGGACUGGUUAGGUACCAAACCACCUCUGAGAACUAGACCAUUUUCAGCCUAAACCAGUCGCUCAGGCCCUUGGACCCGGCCCAAGAUUUGACUCCCGGUUCUCGCCCCGCCCUCUUCUGGGUGGGGUUGGGGCUGAGUCCAGGGCCCUGCCCCACUGUUGGGCUGGGUGAGGUCCCUGGCUCCGUACUCAAGCUAUCACUCCCUCAUGGGGCACCUAAGGAGGAUCAAGUGGACCCAUCAUAUAUGAAGGCUGGGCCUCGGGACCCUCACUCAAAUAAAGGACUGUAGGCCAUGGGGCCUAAACCACGAA